GUCGCUGGCCGCCCUUCUUACCUAGGCGAAGCGAUGAAUUUUGAAUUUGAGAGGGAGAUUGGGUUCAUCAACAGCCAGCCUUCACUUGCUGAGUGCCUGACGUCUUUCCCCGCUGUCCUGGAGUCAUUUCAAACUUCAUCAAUCAAGGACUCGACAGUAAUUCCACCUCCUUUUGAGCACACCAUCCCCAGCCUAAGCCCUUGCACAGGCAACCAGGCGCGACCAAGAAGCCAAAAGCGAACCGCCUCCAACGGCCUCCAGCCCCGGACGCACACCACGCAUCCAACGCAGCAGCAACAGGGCCCAACUCCAGCCACGACCGGCGGUCCCCUGGCCCACGAAUUUCCAUGGAUGAAAGAAAAGAAAUCUUCAAAAAAAUGCUCCAAGUCAGGGGCAGCAACCAUUGCAACCACUGCAGCUGCCUCUCCCUCUCCAGCUUCCUCUGGGUACAAUCCUGCCGGACUCGAGUCACCCACAGAUUUGCAAGCUGGAUUGGACAAUGGUAGCGGUUCUCGGCGUCUAAGGACUGCUUAUACUAAUACGCAGCUGCUUGAGCUGGAAAAAGAGUUCCAUUUCAACAAAUACCUUUGUCGGCCCAGGAGGGUGGAAAUCGCAGCUCUUUUGGAUCUAACCGAGCGUCAGGUUAAAGUCUGGUUUCAGAAUCGUCGGAUGAAGCACAAGCGACAAACUACCCACCACCGAGAUGGACAGGAUGGCGAAUCGAGCGGUUUCGAGCCGUUCGAAGGUCCCGAUGCGUCUUCGCCUUAUUCGAACCCACCACCAGAAGCGCCGGUCUCGACAGCACCCAGUUCGGGUUCGGCAGCUGUUUCUGAAAGCGAACCGUGCCCCCGGGCCUCCUACACGAAUAGUGAUGACAAUACCCGGCCAAAGCCCGUGGACAACCAGCCAAUCCAGUCCGAGUCUGCAGAUGGCCCUGAUAAGGUAGUUCACUCGCCCCCGUACUCGACGCCUACUGUGGAUAACCCCGGCACAAUAGCGAAGUCGCGCACCGAAGGGAUCGAUCCUGCAUUCACACAAUCACAGAACGCCAACGCACUACCCGAUGUGAAUUUUUUUUCAGACUCCUGCCUACAUAUUUCGGACGCUUUAUCGCCCAGUUUACAAAGCUCACUGGAUAGUCCCGUAGACUUCUCCGAAGAGGAUUUUGACCUGUUUACAAGUACUCUUUGUACCAUAGAUUUACAGCAUUUACAGUUUUGA